AUGGCUGCACCACCUCAAGUCACGCUUGCGAAUCUAUCCGGGAACUGGGUUCUUAAUCGCAAGCUAGCCGAUGACCCUGAUCCAAUGUUAGAGCUUCAAGGAGUUCCAUGGUUGAAGCGCAAAAUCAUCUUGCUCGCCACGGUGACCUUAUCAGUCAAAGAAUACGUGGACGACAAGAAAGUAACUCAUAUCGAUCUUGAUCAAACGACCACGACAGGCAUUCAAGGCAUCACGGAGCUGCGUAUCCUCGACUGGAGCGAGACAAGCCACGAAGACCAUAUUUUUGGAACUCUGAAGAGCCGCAAUCGCUGGGUGGCAGAUCUCCAGGCCUGUGAGAGUGGGGAUGGUAGACCUCUGCACUCUUUCUUGACGGAUGGUUGGUUGGAAGAGAAGGUUGGCCCGAAUGGCGAGGGCUCGGUCUAUAAUUGGGUCGUCAAUGAGGAGCGUGGUUGGACUGCGGAGCAGAUUUGA